AUGUCAGGGAUGGACGUCUUGGGUUUGAAAGACUCAAACCCAAGCUUUCAAUAUAAAGCAUCUCAUGCGCACCCCUAUGCCUCUUCGAUCUCCUCCUCCGCAUCUUCCUCUUCCUCCUCUGUCUUCUCCCUAGAUGCCCAGAGUUCCAUCUCAUCGACCUCCACGAACCCGGUGGAUGUGAUCUGGGAAAAUGAGAGUGAGUCCCUGGCAGGAAGAGGCUUGCCUGUUUUAAAUGGUCCACGAAGCUGUGUGAGGGGGAGUGUGCCCAAACAUGCUGACACUGCGGUCGCGCCUGAGUUGCGCAGGCAUCCUCGCCGUACCAACACCUAUGUUGCUCAGCCCAACGGCGCUCCUUGCGCGCGACCCCCGCCCUGUUUGAUGCGUCAAUCGGAGCGGAAAGUAAAUUUCGUUGACAACCUUGUCGACACCGCGUCCCAGAUUGUCGAAAUCAUCUGGCCCUUGUCGGCAGUGGCGCUCCGUAGUGACUCUACUACUGGGUGCAAAGGUGUUUUGCCCCUUCGCACCUUUAUUCAAGAGACCCUUCGCCGGUCUCGAACUAGCUACAGUACUCUGCAGGUCGCAUUGUAUUAUCUCAUUAAGAUCAAGCCGCAUGUGCCCAACUCCGACUCGACCAAGGACGAGAAACCGGUUUGCCGGGCCAUGCAGUGCGGUCGUCGCAUGUUUCUUUCCGCCUUGAUCCUCGCAUCCAAGUACCUUCAGGACCGAAACUACUCCGCCCGCGCCUGGAGCAAGAUCUCCGGUCUCAACACGCUCGAGAUCAACCAGAACGAGUUGAUGUUCCUCGAAGCAGUGGGUUGGAAACUCCACAUCACCGAAGCUCUUUUCCAGCGUUGGACGGACAUCGUCCUGAAGUAUACUCCUGGUGCCGGGAGCAUGUUUACUAGUGAAGGCCUGUCGUGGCAAUCGGUCAUCCCUAAGCUUACCCCCGAGCUGGACAACAUUGAUACCGAGUAUGCGACACCUUCCAAUGCCGGAAGCUUCGAUAUGGGUCCGGCAGCGGAUUUGCCGUCUCCCCACCACAUGUCUACAUACGAGCCUCCUAGCUUGCCUUCGGUUCACGAGCAAACCCGACGGAUGCCAGUCGCUCUGGAGCCCACUGCACGGAUGGAGUACUCCAACCAGUCUCUCCCAUCCUUGCCGCGCAUUUCCAUGCUUCCUACGCCUCAGAUGACCCCUCAAUCGACAGUUGCCACCACUCCUGCCGUGAGUGCUGGCGCUUAUGGAUCUCGCAGGCCUUCUAUCUGUGCUGCCAUGUCCCAGGCGCAGAACAUGUGCAUGGCGCGGUCAACCCUUGAUCAGCGCCCGCUCUCGUUCUGCCCGAAGGCUGGUACAUACGAUGGUUACCCGGCCGCGGUCCGUCGAUCUUCUUUGGCCCGUUCAACUUCAUCUGCGUCGUCUCCGGAGUCUAUGGUUUCGGAUGUUUCAACCCUGUCCUCCCGCUCCUCGAGGUCCUCUUCCGUCUCCUCCAACGCAUCGGGAACUUGCGCGCCCUCUCAGCCUCGCCUGGCUGUCAAGGCCACUCUUCGAUGCACCAAUAACUCCAUGAAGGAGAGCCGGAAGCCUUUGGCUAUUGCUUCACCUAUUGAUGAGACUUCAUACGGCGAGGUCUACAGCUCCCCCGAGUCAUAUACCGGUCCCUUGGGCCAGGUAUUUGACCUGUCCAACUUCUCGCUGGCAACUCCCGCCGAUAUGACAACAUCAACUCGCGAGGCAGCUCAAAGUCUCUGUGAUCUUUCUGGUGCAGGUACUCGUCCGUACAUGACAUCUGAGCCAGGAACUGAACAGCGAAAAUGCCGCAAGCGUGGCCGGACACACUCUGAAGAUGCUCUUCUCCAGAAUCAAGUGCGCCACUUGAUCAAUCUCAGUACUGGUGAAGGCGGUGUUUUGCCUGAUGGCAACACCGCUAAUUCUUUUCUGAUCCCCAACCCGAGUUGCUCCCAGCCUUACCCGGCCUCUCAGGUCGGUGCUCUUAACCUCAGCACCCAGCUGUCUGGACCGGCAGGCAUGAAGCGUGCUUGCUGUGGGAGUGAAGCCAGAAAGAUUGCCUUGAACCCGGGCAUGCGGGUAGAGUACAUGGGCUAG